UUCACAAAACACAUAAAAGUAUCCUAUAUUCACUGGACUUUUUUUUAAAAACAGUACAGAUGGCAAACGUUGGUCGUUACAUAGAAAGAAAUCCUGGAGUACGGGCUGCAGGAUUGGAAUCCACCGUGCAAUUUAAUGGCGCCAAGGACUGUCUGUUCGUCGUGAGUUUGGAGGAGGAGGCGGAGGAUCGUAUAAGGGCCCUGUGCCGUAGAAGCCGACCCAAGCCAGCCAAACGAACUCCCAAGCUGCCCACCCAUCAAAUUGGAGACAUUCUCAAUAAUGAGAACCAGGGACUUUUUGCGGAGCUUCAGAAUAAAUUUCGCGAGAAUAUGUUCCAUAAAAAGCCCGGUUUGGGCGAGGCAAGAGAAACUAAAUCAAAACCAAGCUAUGUGACCAAUUUGAGUCACACCUUUGGUCAAAUCACGCAAUCAGAUUGCAAGGAUUCCCUGUACUCUAUCAUUCUGCCACCAAAACCUGCCGAGCAGGUCAAUCGAGAGUAUGGCGAAUUCCACGAUAAACACAUUAUCAGCCAUAAUCACUAUUUUCCCGCUGAACAGAUUAAUCGCAGAUACUCAAAGCCCUUCAAUCGAUUUAACACUUUCGGUAUCCCACCGACUCUCGAUCCGUCCGGUAUCAAGAUGAAACACUGCUUGGAGGAGGGUGAGGAGCACCUGAAAAUAGUCAAAAAACCCCAAAAGGAUAUAGACGAUCGCACUAAAGGACCUUUAGGCAAAAAGUAUUCCUGGUAUCCCUACCAGAUACCCGAGAAUAUGACCUUUGGUCUCACGCUGCCUCGGGAAACCGAUGUCCGAUCUCUGCUAGAAUACACCUCACCCUCAAUAAAGUCCGAGAAAUUGGCCAUUGCCGUGAGUCACCUAAAUAUGUUGCGCAAAUUGCUCCAGGAGCGGGACGAUUUCAAUAUGAACCAGGUGAUCUCGGCUCUUGGAAAAAAGGAUCCGGAGGGUCAUCGUCAACUGCCACUGGACGAGGUCAUUAGGGUGCUGCACAAGCUAAGUAUUCCGGCAGAUGCGGAGAAGAUCCGCAACGCAGCGUCCCACUUUCAGUUGUUUGUGGACGAGGGAUGCUGCUCGGAAAAGGUGAAAUACGAGGAACUAUGCGAUCUCCUUUCGAUCCUGAAGUCCCUGCCCUUGAUUGGAUCCAUUACACCCAUGCCAAAGGUGACGUACAACCACUAUACCGCCUAUCGCCAGUUGUGUGCUGAUUUGAUGAAAAAACCACCAGAGGCUCAGCACUUCAAAACUGCGAAAAAGGCGCCCAUUCGACAGGACAUGAAUGCAGCACCUUUCAAAGGCAUUAAUAGUCCGCAAAAGGUGCCUAUUCAACAGGAUAUGGAUGAAACACCGUCCAGGGACUACAAAACUUCGCAUAAGACGCCCAUUCAACAGGACAUGGAUGACACACGUGUCGGCGACGUAAUUAAUCCAGAAUUUCCUACCUUAUGUGGCAUAUGGCCAAGUGAUUUCAAAGCAUUGCGUAGCAAGGACGAAAUAGAACGAAUAUUCAAGGACAUCGUGUCGAAGGAAGGCUUUCAAACAAUCUGGCUGAGUCUAAUGGAUGAGCUGAAGGAUCAAAACGAAAUGGCAUCCGUUGCACAAUUUCGUGCUCAGAUUAAGAAGAACAUUCAAUGAGGAUUCAAUUUAGGUUUAUAUUCUUGGAAGCGAUUUGUACAAAUAAGUAUGAUUUUUCACAGUCAAUAAUAUAAUAAAUGCAAAAUAUUUACUUGUAU